UGUUGUUUUUGCAUUGUUGUAUUUGUUGCCGGGACGCACUCACCUUGUUAAUACGCCUUGGUAUUUGACAUUAUUUUGAAGAUUAGAUUUAAAAUGUAUAAAUUCACCUUCUAAUGUUUUCAAAAUUUGCCUCAACUCGAAAUCUCGUACGAUAUUUUGUCACCACCAAAACUAAACUAAAUCAAUGCAAUUCGGUCGAUCAUAAACUGCUAAAAAAUGCUCUCAACAAACUCUAUGCCGAACACGUUAGUGUACCGGUUGUCAUGGGAAAUCAAAUGAUUUUUACAGGGGAUAAGCAAAAUUUACGUAUGCCUCACAAUCAUCGUCGCAUUGCGGCCAAAUAUUAUUAUGCUACCAAAAACCACAUAAACUUGGCUAUACAAAAAGCUGUUCAAGUUCAAGAAGCUUGGGGCUGUACGGAUGUCCAAUUGAGAUCAAAUAUUUUCCACAAAGCUGCUGAUAAUUUAUCGGAUGCCGAUAGCAGAGCAGAGCUAAUGUCGGCUAUAAUGUUGUGUCAAGCCAAGACCAGGCAAGAAGCAGAAAAGGAUGUAUGUAACUUGCUUGUGAUGUUGAGAACAAAUGCAGAUGCUUUGGUGCAAUUGUCAGAGUUAAAAAUUCCCACAAUGACAAAUACAAUCAGGAACAGGUAUAUAAUAAGGCCACUGGAUGGUUUUGUGGCUGCCACCGGUCCUCUUUAUAUGUCGUGGAUCGCUGCCAAUUUGGCCUUGAUUCCACUGUUAAUGGGUAAUUCGGUUCUAUGGAGGCCGCCACCAAAUUGUGUUCUCACCUCGUUCAUUAUAUUCAAAGCCAUUAUGGGAGCAGGUGUGCCACGAGGAGCUUUGCAAUUUCUGCCAUCUAACUAUAAACUGUUUUUUAAUACUAUUAUUAAGUCCGACAAUUUGGCGGGUAUAAAUUACGCUGGUCGUGUGGCCACCUUAAGAACUUUGUGGCAUGAUCUCUCUAUACGUUUGCCGCACUAUAAAUGUUUUCCACGAUUGGUGGGUGAAUGUGAAAGUAAGGGUUUUCAUUUUAUUCACGAAUCAGCUGAUUUGGAUUUGGUAGUAGAUCGUACAGUUCAAGCUGCUUUUCGUUAUUCCGGACAAAGAACUUAUUCCUGUGGUCGUUGCUAUGUACCUGCCUCUGUGUGGCCUGAAAUAAGCUGUCAAUUGCAAUCUGUGAUGGAAACUUUAAGAAUAGGUGAUCCAACCGAUGAAAAUUCUUACGCCUCUGCCAUUAUACGUGAGGAUAUGUAUGAUAAUAUCGUUGGUUAUCUGGAAUAUGCAAAAUGUAGUGAAAAUGUGGAAAUUCUUAUGGGUGGUAACUGUACGAAAACUCAUGGCUUUUUUAUAGAACCCACCAUAGUCGUAUGUAAGGAGCCUAAUGAUCGCUUAAUGAUCGAUGAUAUUAUGGGCCCUGUAGUAAGUGUUUAUGUCUAUGAGCCCAAUAAACUGGAUGAAGCGUUGGCAGCAGUGAUAAGUUAUCAGCAAUUUGGCAGUUGUGGUUCCAUAUUUUCCGCUGAUAAACAGGUCACUGAGAAACUUGUAAAUAAAUUACGUAUGACAGCCAGUAAUUUGUAUAUAAAUGAACAGUGUUGCGGCCAGGAUUUAAGUCAUCUUCCUUUGUCUGGCAAUCGUCUAUCAGGUACGAAUGAUAAAAAUGGUUCGGCUUAUUAUUUGCUACGCUUUGCAGCUCCACAACAAAUUGAGGAACCAGUGGAGAACCAGGCUGUACAAGAAAAAGAAAUAAAGAAUCAAAAUUAUUCGUGCUGAUCUUUUUUGUAUAGUAAAUAUAUAGUAAAAGAAUAAACUCUCAUGAAUUUUGCAAGUAACUCUAAAAUUUUAUAUUAUUUGA